CUAUUUUUUAUUUCCAGGUCCUAAAGGACUGGUUUUUCAGGGGGUGAGAAACAGCUAGGAGCUGGCAAAGCUGCGAUGAGUCCCCUGAAUUCAACCUCCAUUAAUAACGCCAGUAUUGUGCGUCCUGAGUUCUUUGUCAUAAGUGGUUUUGCCGGUAUUCCCCACGCAAACUACUACUAUGUGUUCUUGUCCUUCGUUUAUGCUGUGAGUCUACUAGGAAAUGCCUUUGUCAUGUUUAUGAUUUACACUGACCACCGUCUCCACACUCCAAAAUACAUUGUCGUUUUUAAUUUGGCUUUGUCUGACUUGUGUGGAAGCACUGCACUUGUUCCUCAGAUGCUUGACACCUUGCUGUUUAAAUCACAUUUAAUCUCCUACACGGCCUGCUUGACUCAUAUGUUUUUUGUUUUUUGGUUUCUCUCUGUGCAGUCUUUCAUUCUUGCUCUUCUGUCCUAUGAUAGAUUUGUUGCUAUAUGCUUUCCACUCAGAUACAAUGAGAUUGUGACUAAUAAAUCAAUGUUCGUGAUCACAACCAUAUUAUGGAUUUUUUCAGGAACGGCCACUUCCAUAGCUGUGAUUUUUAUCGACAAAAUAUCAUUCUGCAAAUCCAUUGUGGUAAACAGCUUUUUCUGUGAUCAUGGAGCUGUACAACUUUUGGCAUGCGAUGAGCACCCUCCAAGUGCAAUCAUAAACUGGACACAUCCUGUUACAAUUCUCUGGGUCCCGGUAUUUUUCAUCACAUGUACAUACGUAUGUAUAGGCAGAGCAAUCUUUAAAAUUGCAGAUGCUUCUGAGCGCCUCAAAGCCAUGAAGACCUGCACCUCUCAUUUGAUCUUGGUGAGUGUGUUUUAUCUUCCUAUAUGCACCACCUUUGCAAUGGGCUCUGCCAUUGAACUGAACGCCUGGAUAGUUAACAUGUCUCUGACGACUGUCUUGCCACCAAUGCUGAAUCCAAUCAUUUACUCUUUGAAAACAGAAGAAUUCACAGAAUGCAUUAAAAAGCUGUACAGAAGAAAGAAGAUAAACUUUGCUGUAAGGAAUAAAUGAAUGAAUGUUUUAAUUCCAAAUGACUGACUAGCAAUUAUGACUGUUUAUUUUUUUGAACUCUCCACUCAACUGUGAACUGUAAGAGCAAUUAAAUUGAAUCCAAUGAAUUGGAACUCAGUGAUCAAUAUGAAUAACAAGCAGGUAAAUAAGUACAGUAUAAAUAGUGCUUUUCAUUAGAUGGGUAAAAUAUACAAGACAUGUUUGAGG